AUGCCUCCAACACUCAACGAUAUGGCGUCUGCUACAGCGUCGAGUAGUCCCCAACCUUCGACCCCCAAGCCUCACUUGGAUGUGCACUACACUGCGCCUGGAUUUUGCCCUCCGCAUCCCGAUACUGUCGACCAACUUUGCGAGGACCGAAGCAACCUUGUCUUCUGCCAUGGUGUUAUGAUUGUAAAGAUAUCACCUGAAGUCGCCGUCAAGUUCGGCCCUCAUAUCAACAUUAUCGAAGCCAAACACAUGAUUUGCGUUGCGCAGAAUACAGGAGUUCCUGUGCCCAAAGUUUUUGCAUAUUAUACGUACGGUCCGAUUAAUCGUGAUCCUGACGAUUCCGGAGGCCUUGACGAUCACUACAUCUUCAUGAGUUACGUUGCCGGCGAAACACUCUAUGAAGCUUGGAACUCCUUUAGCGUCUCCACCAAAUCUCACCUUUCAAAACAACUUGCAAACUAUGUCCAGGAGAUCCGCGAUAUGGAGCCUGCUGGAUAUAUUGGCUCUAUAGAUCGCGGCCCUGUUACUGACCGCUGUUUAGCGACCUCCCUUGACAAAGGAAUAGCACCAGACCUUGGGAAUGGAAUACGCCCAUUCGAUUCGGAGCAAGAGUUUAACACCGCAUUUAUCAACAACUAUCUGAAGAAUGCGCCGAAACGCCACAUCAAAAGUUUUCUCAGUGGGAUGCUUCCUGAAUCCAACCGCAUUUUAUUUGCGCAUGGUGAUCUCCGGCCUCACAAUAUCAUCGUGAAAGAUGGAAAAGUGGCCGCCAUUGUAGACUGGGAGCGAAGUGGUUGGUAUCCGGAAUACUGGGAAUACGCAAAGGCUCUACUUGUCUGGCACUGGCAGAGUGAUUGGACGGAAUACCUGGUACAAAUUCUUCAACCGUACCACGCUGAGUAUUUCAUGCACUCUUUUCUGAUGGAAAAGCUAUUGAUUUAG